AGGAAGGCGAGGCUUCCGCCCGGCGCAGGGGGUGAGCUGGAGCACGGUGCCCCCAAACCCUGGACAGCAUUUGGGGGAGGGGGCUCUACUGGGGGGAUCCCCUAAUGGGCACAUUGGGAGGCUCUGGGCCCGGGGUGGCGCUUAGGGGUGGCUGUUUUCGAGGGGUCCCUUAGGAAGUGGCGUUUGGGGACGCCCGGGUGGGAUUUUUGAGUCUGUUUUUGGGAGUAUCACCGGGAGGCAGGGUUUUUAUACCUCUCGGAGACAGGGUUUAAGGGGAUGUUUGAGGAGACCCUUAAGGUCCGUGUGUUAGUACUCUGUCCAUGGGGCAGGGUUUCGGGGUGCUCCCCAAAGAGAGAGGCGAAGUUUGAGCAUCCCGAAGUCAGGGCGGAAUUUGGGGAGAGCUUGUUUCAGGAAAGGUCUUGGUGACAGUGAGAACGUUCGGGACCGACGUGGCAUUGUGGAUCUAUCUGUGGCCUUUGUGACCUCAGGCUGUAUGAUGAGGUCCCCCCGCGCUUGGGUACUCGGGGCGAGGAGAGUGGACACGUCGCGGUCCAUAUGCUUUUAAGGAGAGGAGCCCCCAGCCCAGGCUGUGGAAGGGACACUGGAACCCAGUGUGCCAGGCUCUUCCCGAGGGGACAGCGUGCCGCCGGGCCUUCGUUGGCCGCGGCUUUUUUCAUUAUUCAUGAGGAGGUGGGGCUGUUGAGGAAGCCUAUUUUUUGCCUCCUUCGCACCUGGUCCGCGGGAAGUAUCGGCUUGUGAAUUAUUCACGAGAGGGCGGAUCAGCGUGCUGGAGGGGUGUGCUGAAGGGGCGUUCUGCCGUCUGCCGGGCAAACUAGAACUCAUUGAUUAAUCGUAAAGAUGUCCAGCUCGCCGCUGUCCAAGAAACGUCGCGUGUCCGGGCCUGAUCCAAAGCCGGGUUCUAACUGUUCCCCUGCCCACUCCGUAUUAUCCGAAGUGCCCUCGGUGCCAACCAACGGAAUGGCAAAGAACGGCAGUGAAGCAGACAUAGAUGAGGGCCUUUACUCCCGGCAGCUGUAUGUGUUGGGCCAUGAGGCAAUGAAGCGGCUCCAGACAUCGAGCGUCCUGGUGUCAGGCCUGCGGGGCCUAGGUGUGGAGAUCGCCAAGAACAUCAUCCUUGGUGGGGUUAAGGCUGUCACCCUACAUGACCAAGGCACCGCCCAGUGGGCUGACCUCUCCUCCCAGUUCUACCUGCGGGAAGAGGACAUCGGGAAAAACCGGGCUGAAGUCUCACAGCCCCGCCUCGCUGAGCUCAACAGCUAUGUGCCUGUCAGUGCCUACACCGGGCCCCUGGUCGAGGACUUCCUUAGUGGCUUUCAGGUGGUGGUCCUCACCAACACCCCCCUGGAGGAACAGCUGCGGGUGGGUGAGUUCUGUCACAGCCGUGGCAUCAAGCUGGUGGUGGCAGACACGCGGGGCCUAUUCGGGCAGCUCUUCUGUGACUUUGGAGAGGAAAUGAUCCUCACAGAUUCCAACGGGGAGCAGCCACUCAGCGCUAUGGUUUCUAUGGUCACCAAGGACAGCCCCGGUGUGGUCACCUGCCUGGAUGAGGCCCGCCAUGGAUUUGAGAGUGGCGACUUUGUCUCCUUUUCAGAAGUACAGGGCAUGGUUGAACUCAACGGAAGUCAGCCCAUGGAGAUCAAAGUCUUGGGUCCUUACACCUUUAGCAUCUGUGACACCUCCAACUUCUCCGAUUAUAUCCGUGGAGGCAUUGUCAGUCAGGUCAAAGUACCUAAGAAGAUCAGCUUUAAAUCCUUGCUGGCCUCACUGGCAGAGCCUGACUUUGUGAUGACGGACUUCGCCAAGUAUUCCCGCCCUGCCCAGCUGCACAUUGGCUUCCAGGCCCUACACCAGUUCUGUGCUCAGCAUGGCCGGCCCCCUCGGCCCCGUAAUGAGGAGGAUGCAGCAGAGCUGGUGACCCUAGCGCGGGCCGUGAAUGCUCGAGCCCUGCAAGCAGUGCAGCAGGACAGCCUGGAUGAGGACCUCAUCCGGAAGCUGGCAUAUGUGGCUGCUGGGGAUCUGGCGCCUAUAAACGCUUUCAUUGGGGGCCUGGCUGCCCAGGAGGUCAUGAAGGCCUGCUCCGGGAAGUUUAUGCCCAUCAUGCAGUGGUUGUACUUUGAUGCCCUGGAGUGUCUCCCUGAGGACAAAGAGGCCCUCACGGAGGACAAGUGCCACCCGCGCCAGAACCGUUACGAUGGGCAGGUGGCCGUGUUUGGCUCAGACCUGCAAGAGAAGUUGGGCAAGCAGAAGUACUUUCUAGUGGGUGCAGGAGCCAUCGGCUGUGAGCUGCUCAAAAACUUCGCCAUGAUUGGGCUGGGCUGUGGAGAAGGUGGAGAGAUUGUGGUCACAGACAUGGACACUAUCGAGAAGUCAAAUCUGAACCGACAGUUUCUGUUCCGGCCCUGGGACGUCACGAAGUUAAAGUCUGACACGGCCGCUGCAGCUGUACGCCAGAUGAAUCCGCACAUCCGGGUGACGAGCCAUCAGAACCGUGUGGGCCCUGACACGGAGCGCAUCUAUGACGACGAUUUUUUCCAAAACCUGGAUGGUGUGGCCAAUGCCCUGGACAACGUGGAUGCCCGCAUGUACAUGGACCGCCGUUGCGUGUACUACCGUAAGCCGCUGCUGGAGUCUGGCACGCUGGGCACCAAAGGCAACGUGCAGGUGGUGAUCCCCUUCCUGACAGAGUCCUACAGCUCUAGCCAGGAUCCGCCUGAAAAGUCCAUCCCCAUCUGCACGCUGAAGAACUUCCCCAACGCCAUUGAGCACACCCUGCAGUGGGCUCGGGACGAGUUUGAAGGCCUCUUCAAGCAGCCGGCAGAAAACGUCAACCAGUACCUCACAGACCCCAAGUUUGUGGAGCGGACCCUGCGGCUGGCGGGCACCCAACCCCUGGAGGUGCUGGAGGCCGUGCAGCGCAGCCUGGUGCUGCAGCGGCCACAGACCUGGGCCGACUGUGUGACCUGGGCCUGCCACCACUGGCACACCCAGUACUCUAACAACAUCCGGCAGCUGCUGCAUAACUUCCCUCCCGACCAGCUCACAAGCUCGGGAGCUCCAUUCUGGUCUGGGCCCAAGCGCUGUCCACACCCGCUUACCUUUGAUGUCAGCAAUCCCCUGCAUCUGGACUAUGUGGUGGCUGCCGCCAACCUGUUUGCCCAGACCUACGGGCUGACAGGCUCUCAGGACCGAGCUGCCGUCGCCACACUCCUACGGUCUGUGCAAGUCCCCGAGUUUACCCCCAAGUCUGGCGUCAAGAUCCACGUCUCUGACCAGGAGCUGCAGAGCGCCAAUGCCUCAGUUGAUGACAGCCGUCUAGAGGAGCUCAAGGCCACACUGCCCAGCCCAGAAAAGCUCCCUGGAUUCAAGAUGUACCCCAUCGACUUUGAGAAGGAUGAUGACAGCAAUUUCCAUAUGGAUUUCAUUGUGGCUGCAUCCAACCUCCGGGCAGAGAACUAUGACAUUCCCCCUGCGGACCGGCACAAGAGCAAGCUGAUUGCAGGGAAGAUCAUCCCAGCCAUCGCCACGACCACGGCGGCUGUGGUUGGCCUUGUGUGUCUGGAGUUGUAUAAGGUGGUGCAGGGGCACCGACAACUUGACUCCUACAAGAAUGGUUUCCUCAACUUGGCCCUGCCCUUCUUUGGCUUCUCUGAACCCCUUGCCGCACCCCGUCACCAGUACUAUAACCAGGAGUGGACGUUGUGGGAUCGCUUUGAGGUACAAGGACUGCAGCCUAACGGGGAGGAGAUGACGCUCAAACAGUUCCUCGACUACUUUAAGACAGAGCAUAAGUUGGAGAUCACCAUGCUAUCUCAGGGCGUGUCCAUGCUCUACUCCUUCUUCAUGCCAGCCGCCAAGCUCAAGGAACGGUUGGAUCAGCCGAUGACUGAGAUCGUGAGCCGCGUGUCGAAGCGAAAGCUGGGCCGCCACGUGCGGGCGCUGGUGCUUGAGCUGUGCUGCAACGACGAGAGCGGCGAGGACGUCGAGGUCCCCUACGUCCGAUACGCCAUCCGCUGACCCUGUCCAUGCCCGUAGACUGGCCCCAGCCCCACCCCCUCCAGCCCAGGGGCUCCCAUUUGGCCUCUGGCAGUGGCCCAGCUAGCCACACUUGGUGUUCCCUCUUCAUCCCCCUACCUGCACCCCUCUUGCCGCUGCUUUCUACCUUGUUUGGAACCUGAAUCCUAAUAAAGAAUUAACCCAGA